AUGCAUUCACAGUCAUCAAGUUCGAUACGAUGGUCCUCGACAUUCUUCCUCACAGCUCUUCUCGCCAAUCCCGCGUUCGCAUCACUCCCAAUGGUCGAUUUCAGUCGUAUGGGUCAAGUAGGCCUUGCAGGUGCAUUUGCGGGUCUCAGUUUAUUCAAUAAUUCUACUGCUGUAACAUUUGACCCUUCUGCGUCUUCUUUACUUGCUCGCACUGGCGAAGGCGCCUUAACUACGCUUGGCACUACGAAUGCUGGCGGCUCAAUUCAAUCAGGUUGCGCUAUCAAUAAUAUCUUCUACUUGGCCGGAUCCUUCUCAUCUAUUGGCAAUACAUCCGUGUCCGCCAGCAACAUCGCAUCAUACACGCCUUCUUCUGGCGUAUUUGCUGCGCUCGGUUCAAACGGUCCUAACGGUCCAAUAUACUCGCUAUAUUGUGACGUAUCCACCAGCCAGUUAUGGGUGGGUGGCAGCUUCACGUCGCCCGGUUCAUCUGUAGCUAUAUGGGACACCAAGUCCAAUUCUUGGUCCGCACCCCCAUUCAAAGGCUUCACAGGUGGCGGCGGAAAAGUUCUUUCCAUCACCUCUAACGCUUCAGAAAAUAGCCUUCUCUUUGCCGGCUCAUUCCUCACUGCCUUCGCCGCGAAUGCCAUUGCACUAAAUAACACCAAUAAUCCCAAUGUUCCAUAUUCUCCUGGCGCUACGCCGUUUUCUUCGUCACUCGUUCCUGUUCCUCUUCAAGGCGCGGAAAUAUUGGGACAACCAUCGUCAUCUGACCCUGACUUCAGCGACAUCUCGAAUAUACUGUGUCCUGCUGGUCCGGAUGGACCUGGCAACACGUGGUUGGCUGCGAACGGAAAUGACGCUGUAAUUACUAUCCGUGAUUUCUCCUCUAUCAAUGCCUAUGGUGUUCGCCUUGGCAACACGUUCCAGAGUGGAUUUGGCACGACGACUUUUAGUGUGACAUCCAUUCCAGACAAUACCGUACAGACUUUGUCAUAUGUCAACCCAUCAACUGGACAAAACAUAACAUGCACAGCUACCUGUCCUUUGUCGACUGACUCAUCAAUCUUAUACCAGGACUUCAUUUUCACCGCUCCGGUGACAUUGACCGGUAUACAAAUAACUCUGUCGGGUUGGACAGGUGAAGCUCCCGGUUUGCAUAUGUUGCAGCUGCUGUCCUCUGGCGCGUUCGCAUCUAGCAACGGAAACCUGCAAUCCUGCUUUUCACCUAAUCCAUCCAACACCACUAGUACAGGCCAGUGGACCACGAAAGAUGCUGUCACCAAUAUCCCCGCAACACUGCAGACUGUCCUAGUCUCCACAGUGGCUGUCGGCACGUCCCCUUCUCAGGCUCCCAGCUUUACUUGGCAGCCUUACGUCUCUGCAUCUGGCCAGUAUGACGUAUAUCUUGUCAUUCCGGGUUGUGCGGACUUCCAGGAUUGUCCCCUCCGUACAUCUGUCCAAGUCACCGUCUUCCCAGGUGGCGGAAGCCAACCCUGGGUUUCUAUUGUUUCACAGCAGGUCCAGUCCGAUACGACCACACUUAUCUACAGUGGUCCCAUCGUCCCCUCAUCCACAGAUUUCGUGACCACUGUAUCCAUGACGCUUGCGAAUAAUCCUGCAGGGACUGGUCAGGAUGGGCAGUACGAACUCGUCGCCGGUAAUGUUGCACUAGUGUUGACAUCGGCCGAUGUGACAUCUGCCGCCGGGUCUGGGUCCUCUGGGUCCAACGCGACUAGCAGUUUUCAGCAUGGUUUCGGUUUCUUCGAGUGGCCGUUGAGCUCCGAUGAGACUUCUUUGGACAUGAUAUCCAUUGAUCUCUAUAACGCCCUGGGAGCUACCACUUCUACCACUGUGUCCGUCACAGCUGUCGCACAGCACCCCUCUGGCAUUGUUUACCUUGGUGGCAAUUUUCAGCUGAUCUCCGGCUCGACAAGCGGUGUCUCAAACAUCGUUGCAUCCAAGAGUGGAUCAUUAAUUUCCCUUCCUAAUAAUGGUCUAAAUGGGCCUGUGACCUCCUUCGUGUUGAGCGGCAACGAGCUCUACGUCGGUGGCUCUUUUACAGACACCAACACAGCUUCCAUGCAGGGUAAACUCAAUGGCGUUGCUAUCUACGACAUCAGCUCUAAUUCAUGGAAGGCCAUGGGUGCAGGAGUCAAUGGCGUGGUCAAUAGUCUUGCACUUGCCAAUGGGCAAAUUGUGGUUGUAGGCAAUUUCACCGAGGCCCUUAAUUCGUCGGCUAGUGGUGUUCCCGCUGGUGGUUUAGCCACCUGGAAUGUUAGCACUGGUUUGUGGGUGAACAGUGGUGGAUUUGUAGUGGGCAACAUGACGUUCAUCGGCAACGGUACUUUACCUGCUUCGGGUCAGAAACAAACCCAGUUCGUCGCGGGUAAUGUGGAUACUAUGGCAGAGUACGGUUCCAGCGGUCUUGUGAUAUUGUCCAGUGGUGGAAGCACAGGCCCUCUGGUGACACCUAUGGGCAUCCAGCUUACUAGCAACGUUACGAAUGUAUCUUCUCCGGCCACCUUAACGAAGCGUCAUCCCCACGUCCGUCGUGGACCAUCUGCAUGGAUAUCUCACCUCAAUAUUGGAACCCUAUUCACUCGCCAGAGCGCAACUUCAAGCGCCCUGCCGCCUUCCCCGCCCGCUCCUGCUCCCGCUGUCCUUGCUGGGGCAUUCUGGACAAAUGUUUCCACUUCUCACCAGGUAGCCAUAAUUGGAGGCAACUUUUCAUUCUCUUCCUCUUCUACGACCUCAUCCGCCGUUGCUAUCUAUGAUCCCGUUACGUCUUCAAUUUCUGCGCUCGCUGGUGCUCAGAUCAAUGGCGUCGUUCGCACUGUCUAUAUUGAUCAGCAGCAACAGCUUUUCGUUGGCGGUGAAUUCAAUCUUACUGGAACCUCCGCGACUGGAUUGGCUCUUUAUGAUCUAUCUACUCAACAGUGGGAUACAUCAUCCAUGCAACCAUUGCAAUCCUCUGCAGGAUCUUCGGUCAUCGUUCGCUCGAUAACGUCGUCAAUAUAUAAGUCUGACACUGUCAUUGUUGCCGGUUCGUUUGCGCAGGCUGGUUCUGUGUCUUGCCAAGCUAUCUGUUUAUUUGAUACCACCUUGAAUCAAUGGAACCCUCUCGGAAGCGGUAUUCAGGGAGACAUCUCGUCUGUCUCAUAUGCAGGAGGUGGAUUGACGACCAAUGUCGCACAGUAUAAUUUUGCGGAUUCCACAUGGGCCGCCAUUGGGAACAGCGCUGAAAUUCCAGGACCGGUUACGGCAGUGACGGUUAACAAUGGCAACUAUUCAAGCAUCUUUGCAGCUGGUCGCACUGCUGAUGGUUCCUCACCGUUCAUGAUGUUCUGGGAUGGUGUUUCUUGGAAUAGUGUUGGAUCUUCGCUCCAGGGCACCACCAACAUUUCCCAGCUUCUCAUGGUUCCCCUACUGGACACGCACUCAGCUAACAGCAUCAUUGAAUCUGACCGGAUGUUGAUGAUCUCUGGCGCGCUGUCCGACUCCUCGUUCGGUUCUGCGUCCUCUGUCCUCUUCGAUGGCUCUUCGUUUAUUCCUUACAUGGCCACUGUCACUGCUCAGGGAGCGUUGGGCUCAAUUUCUUCACUGUUCUAUUCACUCGCAAACUUCAGCUUUGGCCAACAACAGUUCCUCGCAACUGGCAUUGUCAUUCUCAUCUCCAUUGCCAUUGCAGCUGGGGUUGUGUUCCUGUUGGCACUCAUCGGCAUUCUCUGGACCCUACUGUCUCGCCGCGAUGAUAGAGUAGCGAAGUAUAAUGCCAGCGAUGACGACGACGACGAUAAUUCAGCUCAACACCGACCAUCAUCAUUACUGGAACACAUCAACGCGGCCACACGAACAACGAUUCUCGGUGCUGCGAGCCCAUUAAAUCCGCAAGAAAAUCCUACCGCUGCAGAACCUGAUCCAUUUGGACCAGAUGGUAGCAACUACUUGCGAGCUGAAACUCCCUCAGACGCGGUCGUGGGUACAAUGGCCGCCGAAGAGGAGUUCGCUCGUCCUGCACACGCUCGCUACUCGUUCGAUGGGACGGGUGAGGGCGAACUACCUUUGACGGCUGGACUCGAGGUAGAAGUGUUAGAUGAUCGGGAUACUGCGUGGUGGUAUACGCGAAAUCCACAAACAGGCCAGGAGGGCGUGGUACCCGCGGCCUAUUUGUAUUGA